AUGAAAGAGUAUGAACUCUCAGAUGCUGAAAUAUCGAAGUUCCAAGAUCCAUCUCACUGGCUCAUGCAUUUCCCUCCUCUUGCUAAAGAAGACCUUAAGGCAUUUGGCUUGGGUUGCGAUUGGCGGCGGUCCUUCAUCACAACAGAUAUGAAUCCAUACUACGAUUCGUUUGUCAGGUGGCAGAUCAGGAAAUUGAAGGAGAUGGGGAAGAUUGUGAAGGAUUUGAGAUACGCCAUCUACUCUCCAUUAGACGGACAACCAUGCGCAGAUCAUGAUAGAGCAUCAGGUGAAGGUGUGUUGCCGCAGGAGUAUACGCUGAUUAAAAUGGAGGUUGUUUCACCUUUCCCUGCUAAAAUGAGAGCUUUGGAAGGAAAGAAAGUGUUCUUAGCUGCUGCCACAUUGAGACCUGAGACCAUGUAUGGGCAAACAAAUGCUUGGGUUUUGCCUCAAGGUAAUUAUGGAGCGUAUGAAAUCAACGAGACUGAUGUGUUUGUCGUCACCGAGAGGGCUGCACUAAACCUUGCAUAUCAGAAUCUUUCUAGAGUUCCACAGAGGCCGACUUGCUUGCUUGAGCUCAUUGGUACAGAUUUGAUCGGUUUGCCCCUACGCUCCCCUCUAUCUGUUUAUGAGAUCAUAUAUACACUUCCAAUGAUGAACGUCCUAACUGAUAAGGGUACUGGGAUAGUCACCAGUGUCCCAAGUGAUUCUCCUGAUGAUUAUAUGGCUAUGCAUGAUUUGAAAACAAAAAAAGCUCUGAGAGACAAAUUCGGUGUGGAGGAAGAGUGGAUAUUGCCGGUUGUACCUAUUAAUAGCCAGAAUGAGAAAGACAAGCUUGCUGAAGCAAAGAGGUUGACUUAUUUAAAAGGGUUCACCGAAGGAACAAUGCUUUUUGGAGAAUUUGCUGGUGUGAAGUUCCAGGACCCGAGCAAGCUUUUAGGAAAUAACCAGGCGGUUAUUUACAAUGAACCGGAGAAGAAAGUUAUGUCCAGAUCAGGUGAUGAGUGUUUUGUGGCACUUACAGACCAAUGGUACAUUACAUAUGGGGAAGAAGAAUGGAGAAAAAUGGCUGAGGAAUGUUUGUCCGAAAUGAAACUCUACCAUAAAGAGACACAAUGGGUUUCGCAAAACUUUGAGCUGGUUGAAUAA